AACCUUUUGACGUGGGCCCCGUGUUGCUGAACAUAGUCCGGCAGUUCCCAGGCUCCUUCGGUCGCUUCACUAGAUAUUCCCUCGAGGUAAAGCCACGCGAGCUUCCGGCCGACAUGGGGGGUCGGCUUCAGCGAGAUCUGUUGCCGUUACCAUACCCUUCGAUCAACAGGUCCCAGGUCGUCCGUCAGGGCGAGGACCCUUUGAGCGACAAGGAGUGGGAAGGACUACACUGCAGGCUGGUGGUCACUGUCCUGGCGCUAAACUGGGAGUCUGGGUUCCGCUCCCUGAAGCUGGCCAGGCCCUGCCGAGGUCGAGCCAACGCCGCGCAGCAGGCAGCCCUGGUCGCUCUCGGCCGCCGCCUCCUCUUGGCUACGCGGGCCGAGUCUGCUCUACCGCCAGAUCUUGACUGGAACGUGCGGCUGAAGGACCGCAAGAUCGGCUACGGCGGGGGCGAGAUCUCGGCCCCGCAUCGGCUGACGCUGGAGCAGGUGCUGGACGGGCUGCCGCCGCCAGGCGUCGCGGCCUCCAUCGAGGCGGCCGACCUCGCGACGGGGUUCGUGCGUGAGGCCCUCCUGGACCCGACGUUGGUGCUGCUGCCCGCUGCCCUGCGGCGGCCCGCGCCGACAUCUGCGCGCGUGUGGGCCUCGCUCGAGGAGUGGCAUCGGAUCGUGCGGGCGCUCCGCGAGCGCGGGAUGGUGUCGGCGAUCCCGAGCAGCGAGAUUGCCUGUCGCGACGGAGCCCCGCUCCUGAACGGGGCGUUCGGGGUGCCCAAGCCCCGCGACGAGCCCGUGGUCUGCAGCGACGGCGAGCGCAGGCCGGUCCUGAGGCUGAUCACCAACCUUAUCCCCUCGAACGCGUGCCAGGAGUGCAUCGUGGGAGACACCCCUGAGAUGCCGACCAUGAGCCAGCUGAACGGCCUGGUGCUGACCGAGUCGGAGGAUCUCCUGUGGAGCGGCGCGGACAGGAAGGCCUUCUUCUACGUCUUCCGCGCGCCGCCUGUGUGGUGGCCUUACAUGGUGAUAGGGCCGCCCGUCCCCUCGGAGUUGCUUGGCCUGAAGGGCGGUGGGGCUGCGCACAUCUGCCUGCGGGUGAUCGGCAUGGGCUGGAUCAGUGCCGUGGGCGUGACGACCCACCUCCACUGGAACAUGCUGCGGCGGAGCGCCUUUGUCCCUCGCGGCCUGCCGCCCAGCCAGGAGAUCACUCGGCGCCGACGGCUGCCGUUCAGCGUGGAGAAGCCGCGCCCUCCGGCGUGGAUGGUCUACAUUGACAACCUGGAGGUCGCGGAGGUCGUGAGCAAGUCCGAGGCCGCGACGUUGCGAGGGACGGUGCCCGAGCUCAUCUCCGAGGCUCGUGCCUGCUAUGCGGCUGCGGGCUCCCCGGGGUCGCCGUCCAAGGACAUCCAUCGAGUGCCUCGAGCGACAACCUUGGGGGGGCUCAUCGACGGGGUCGAGGGCGCGCGGCGCCCCCCUGCGGGUUACCUUACCGAGAUGGCCAGCCUCACGCUGUGGACGCUGAGCAAGAAGCGGGCCAGCAUGCGGCUGGUGCGCAUCCUGCUGGGCCGCUGGGUUCGAGUUCACUGCUUUCGGCGGCCGCUGGCGGCCAGCUUUGCCUACACCUGGAAGUGGCUCGGGAACCCGCGCACUGGCGGCCGCUUCAGCGUGAGCGUGGUCGAGGACCUCUUGAUGUGUCUUGCGCUGUCAGGGCUUUGCGUCGCUGACCUGCGCCUCGAGGUCGACCCCCUGGUGACCGCGUCGGAUGCCUCGGAGGCCGCUGGCGCCGUGGUCUACGGCUACGCCCUCUCCGACCGCGGGCGCGCGCUGGCCGAGAGGCGGCAGCGGCCCGCAUACGCCGCUUGCGAGGAGGAGACCGCCCUCGUGACUGUCUUCGACGGCAUCGGCGGUGGGCGCCGGGCUUUCGAGAUCCUCGGACUGGUCCCUGCCGUGCACCUGUCAUUCGAGGUUGACCCCGCGGCGGUGCGGGUCUUCGCGGGUCUCAACGUCGCUCGGCAGGGUCUCGACGACCCGCGCGCGGGCCUGGUUGACCACAUGGUGCGGAUCGUGGACGGGCUGCGGACGGCCAUGCCGGAGGCGUCGAUCGACUUCCUCGGGGAGAACGUCGCGUCGAUGUCCGAGUGCGACGUGCUGCGCCUGAACCAGCUCUUCGGCCGCAUCCCGCUGGAGAUUGAAGCGGGGGAUGUCGGCUGGGUCAGACGUCCGCGGCUCUACUGGGCUUCGUGGGACCUCCUGCCGUCCUUCGAGGCUGAGCCCGUCGUGGUGCGGGCGAAGACCCAGGACGUUCGGCGCGCCUGCAAGGUGGCGCUGAAGGCGGAGCGGCCGCCGCUCGAGGAGUGGCUCCCGCCCGGGGCUGUGUGUCCGGGUCCCGCCGCAGGGGAGCCGCUCCCGACCUUCGUGCGCUGGGCGCCGCGCUCGCAGCCGCGCCCCAGGCCUGCGGGCAUUGGGGAGUGCAGCGCUGCUGAGCUGGCGCGCUGGGAGGCGGCGGGCUUCGCUUCGCCGCCCUACCAGUUCCGUGACAAGUGGUGCAUCCACCAGGCGGAUGGCCGCGUGGGGCCGCCUGACGCGACCAUACGAGAGAAGCUGAUGGGCUUCCCGGAGGGCCACGCCGUGCCGUGCAUGACGAGCAGCCAGGCGAAGGCCGAGCCCGCCAAGUACGAGGCUCUUCGGCGGUCGCUCGUGGGCAACUCCUUCCAGUGCGAGGUCGUGGCCUGGAUCAUCAGCCACUGGGCCGUCGGAGCUGGGCUGCUGGUCUCGGUGCCCUCGCUGGGUGAGCUGCACGAGAGUUCGCGAGCCUGGGCUGGUGGCAGGAAGCUGUGGGCCGGCGACGUGACGUCGCUGCGGUGCGGUCGCUUCGAGAUCGACGAGGGCUUGCACGCCAAGCUGGACCAGCCUGGCGGGCCCAUCUACGUGGGUCGUGGGUCUCGCCGCUGGGGGCUGGCUGCCUCGCGGUGGGGCAACCCUUUCACGAUCAGCCCCGAGCGGCCACGCGAGGACGCUGUUGCCCUGCUCGCUGGUUGGAUCCGCACGCAGCCCACCCUCCUGCAGAGCUUGGAGACGCUGCGCGGGGCCCUACUGGUCUGUCACUGUGGGCCCGACCAGGCGUGCCAUGCCGACAUCCUCUUGGCGGAGUUGGCGAAGCGUGACGUGGUGGAGUGGCGCGAGCUGGACGCGUCCAGACGCAUCGUCAUGGGGCUCGUCAUGGCGCUCGGCAAGAUCUUUCCGCGGCAGGAGAUCGACUCAGGCAUUUGGCGGUGGCGCAAGGCAAGGGCGCUAGUGUGGCAGGCAGCAGAGCACAUCAACGUUCUUGAGUGCCAGGGCGCGCUGAUGAUGAUUCGAUGGCGGGCGCGGUCGGUGCGCCGCCAUCAGUGCGUCUUCCUGCACCUGCUCGACAGCAUGGUCAACAUCGGUGCGCUGUCCAAGCACCGUUCCAGCAGUCCUCAGCUCAACAAGGUGGUGCGGACCUUCUCGGCGUGGGAGCUUGCGAUGGGCGCGCGGGCGGUCUUCGGCUUCACGUCGUCGGCUCGCAACCCCGCGGACGCCCCCUCGCGUCUCCGCGAUGGAGCUGGACUGGGGAAGCUGAGAGACGCCAGGAUAAAGGCCUCGACACUGGCCCGCUACCGUGGCGCCGCUCAGCGUUUUGUUGACUACCUUGCUGCCAAUAACCUGCCGCUGCCUUUCACCUGGGACGAUAUUGAUAUCUGCUUGCAAGAUUAUCUUGAGCACUUGUGGGCCGAGGGCGCCGCAAAAGGAGAAGCCAAUGACACCCUCAGCGGCGUGCAGCACCUGCUGAGGACACGACGCCGCUAUCCUGGCGCUUGGCAGCUGCUGACAGUCUGGGGCAGACUGGAGAUCCCUCAGCGCGCGCCGCCGAUGCCUGCCCAGGUCUGCGCGGCGCUCGCCGGUUGGGCGCUCAGCCGCGGAGAGGUAGCCUUCGCAGCCGUGCUGCUCGUGGCCUUCCAUCUGUGUCUCCGCACUGGCGAGGCGUUGGGGCUGAGCGGCGGCGUCAUCUUUCUGAAGCCCUGUGGCCGAGGCGUGGUGUCGUUGCCCUGGACCAAGACCUCUUGCCAGAAGGGCGCGCGGGAACAAGUCACGCUUGACGACCCGCUGGUUGGGGCAGUCGUCCAUAUGCAGCUCCAGCGUGACAGCCGGCUCUGGCCUGGCACGACGCGCGCCUUUCACGAUUUGUUCCGUACUGGGCUCCAGCAGAUCGGUUGCAGGCACCUCGCCCUGUCUCCUUACAGCCUGAGGCGCGGAGGCGCCACGCAUGAGUUCCUGCUGUCGGGCGACUUGUCUAAGGUCAUGUUGCGUGGGCGCUGGGGCUCGGCAAGAACGGUCAAGAUAUGCAUCCAAGACGGGGCUGCCAUCAUCGCAGAAAUGAAGCUCCAGGAUCGUGCCCGUUCGACGCUCCAGCA